AUGAAGGCUUUAGCGAGGAGCUUCAUCUGGUGGCCCAAUCUUGACAGAGAUUUGGAAGACUUAGCUAAGAGAUGUGAGAGAUGUCAGAGUCAAAAAGGAAGGCCAGCACGAGUCUUACCAUCUUACCCAUGGAUCUACCCAGCGAUGCCUUGGGAGAAGUUAUCACCUCCUUAUCAUCCAUCAUCCAAUGGACAGGCUGAAAGACUGGUCCAAGAGCUCAAGAAAAGUUUGAAGAGUCGGCCAACCGGGAGAUUCAUCAGUCGUCAGACUGAUCAAUAUGAAGAUGCUACUUUUCGAGCGAGAGACCUCGAACCAGGAUCGACUGUAAGUGUCUGGAACCCGAGACAGGACAGUAGAGGGAAGUGCUUAGGUGGUACUAUAGUUCCGAAACUGGGUCCUACAAACUACUUGGUCAAUGUCGGAGGAAGUACUGGAUAUGUACAUGUGGACCAACUAAGAUCCAGAGAUGAGAGGAGUAUGCCACAAGUUGCAGAGACAGAAGGAACAGCAAUUUCAGUGGCCCUGGAUCAAGGCACACAGCGAGAUAAAGCAGCAGUUGAAAAGAACACAACAGCUGAACUAGGUGAAUCGAGCCAGGAGACACCAAUGACGGCAACAGCCGAGUUAUCACCCGGAGCAGAAAGAAGAUAUCCGGCGAGAUCCAACAGGAGACCUCCUGCUAGAUACAGACAAGACUAA